AUGUUCCAAGAACAUGUUACAUCCUCAUCUGCAGUCUCUGCUCAUACCAUUGCAUCAGUUAUUGUAGCUGUAGUAGAAGGGAGAGGACUUGCCAGAGGUGAAGUAGGAAUGGCCAGCAUUGACUUAAAAAAUCCUGAGGUGAUACUGUCACAGUUUGCAGACAAUACAACCUAUGCCAAGGUUAUCACUAAACUCAAGAUUUUAACACCACUAGAAAUAAUAAUGUCAAAUACAGCUUGUGAUGCAGGGAACACAACAAAGUUGUUCAGUCUGAUAACAGAGCAUUUCAAGAAUGUGAAUUUUACAACAGUUCAGAGAAAAUACUUCAACGAAACAAAAGGGUUGGAAUACAUAGAACAGUUGUGUGCAUCUGAAUUUAGCACCGUUUUCAUGGAGGUUCAAUCAAAGUACUACUGCCUCGCAGCUGUUGCAGCUUUGCUAAAAUAUGUUGAAUUUAUUCAAAAUUCAGUGUAUGCUCCAAAAUCCCUCAAGGUGCGUUUCCAGGGUAGUGAGAAAACAGCAAUGAUAGAUUCAUCAUCAGCGCAAAAUCUUGAACUAGUAACUAAUAACAGAGAUUCUCGGAAUGGUCAUACGCUUUUUGGUAUCCUAAAUUACACGAAAACUCCAGGUGGAAGUCGAAGACUUAGGUCAAAUAUCCUGGAGCCACUACUUGAUGCUGAAACAAUUAACACAAGACUGGACUGUGUGCAAGAAUUACUCCAGGAUGAGGAGCUGUUUUUUGGUCUUCAAGCAGUUAUCUCAAAAUUCCUGGAUACUGAACAGCUACUUUCAGUUUUGGUACAAAUUCCAAAGCAGGAUACAGUUAAAACUGCUGAAUCAAAAAUAACUAAUUUAAUCUACUUGAAGCAUACGCUAGAACUUGUAGAGCCUCUAAAGGCUGCUUUAAGAAACUGUAGCACGCCUCUGCUAAAAGCAUACUACAGUUCCCUCGAAGAUUCAAGGUUUGGAAUUAUACUUGAAAAGAUAACAGCUGUAAUUAAUGAUGAUACACGGUAUACAAAAGGAUGUCUGAAUAUGAGGACCCAAAAAUGCUAUGCUGUAAAGCCAAACGUCAAUGAAUUCCUUGAUAUAGCUCGUAGAACAUACACAGAAAUUGUUGAUGACAUAGCAGGUCUGAUAACACAACUUGCUGAAAAGUACAAUCUACCAAUGAGAACAAGUUUCAGCUCUGCUCGUGGAUUUUUUAUCCAGAUGAAUGCUGAUUGUUCAGUAUUACCCAAUGGCCAGCUUCCUUCAGAGUUUACAAAGAUCACUAAAAUGAAAAACACAUACAGCUUUACUUCAGCUGACUUAAUAAAAAUGAAUGAAAGAUGUCAGGAAUCCCUCAGAGAAAUUUAUCACAUGACCUACUUAAUAGUAUGUAAACUACUCAAUGAGAUCUAUGAAUAUAUUCACUGCCUGUACAAGCUAUCUGAUAUUGUGUCAAUGCUGGACAUGCUGCUUUCAUUUGCCCAUGCCUGUACCCUGUCUGACUAUGUUCGUCCAGAAUUUACAGAUACUUUAGCAAUCAAGCAGGGAUGGCAUCCCAUUCUUGAAAAAAUAGCCGUGGAAAAACCUGUGUCAAAUAACACGUAUCUGACAGAGGGUAGCAGUUUCAUCAUUAUUACAGGGCCAAAUAUGAGUGGAAAAUCAACAUAUCUAAAACAGAUUGCUCUCUGUCAAAUUAUGGCGCAGAUUGGUUCUUACGUCCCUGCAGAAUAUUGUUCUUUUAGAAUUGCAGAGCAAAUUUUCACCAGAAUAGGUAUGGAUGAUGAUAUAGAAACAAAUGCAUCUACAUUCAUGAAGGAAAUGAAAGAGAUAACAUAUAUCAUACAAAAUGCUAAUGACAAAUCACUCAUCAUAAUUGACGAACUCGGAAGAGGUACCAGCACUGAAGAAGGUAUUGGCAUUUGUUACGCUGCCUGUGAAUAUCUGUUGAGUUUGAAGGCAUUUACAUUGUUUGCUACACAUUUCCUGGAACUAUGCCAUAUAGAUGCUUUAUACCCCAAUGUGGAAAAUUACCAUUUUGAAGUGCAACAUGUGAGAAGUAGUGUUGGAAAUAAGGAGAAAAUUGCUUAUACUUAUAAACUCUCUAAAGGAUAUACAGAGGAAAAGAACUACGGAUUAAAAGCUGCAGAAGUUUCCUCUCUACCACCAGCAAUAGUUUUGGAUGCAAAGGAAAUCACAAACCAUAUUGCAAGACAAAUUUUGCAUAGACAGAAAAGCACUCCUGAGACCAUGAAACAGAGAGUUGUAUAUCAUUUAGCAAUGAGAUUGGUCCAGACUGCCAGAAAUUCUCGACUGGAUCCAGACAGCUUGCGAAUAUAUUUGAGAGGCUUGAAGAAAAAAUACGAAGCCCGCUGUCCUGCAUCUUGAGCAAG